CUUUCCAUCAAAUCCUCCAUCAAAGAUAAUCCAAAUCAAUCCAAACCAGAUUUGUUUUUUCCUUUUUCAAGAAAAAUGUCAGGAAUCAUGGAGAAGAUCAGCGAUGUGCUCCACGGCCACAAAGAAGGGGAGGACGGGGAGAAGCACCGCCAGGACAAGGCCGCGGAGAGCCACAAGGAAGAGAAGAAGCACCACCACGAUGUCACGCAUGAGGGAGAAGGCCACCACGGCGGCGAUCACAAGGAGGGAUUGGUGGAGAAGAUCAAGGACAAGAUCCACGGAGAAGGAGGCGGUCACCACGGCGGCGAUCACAAGGAAGGACUGGUGGAGAAGAUUAAGGACAAGAUCCACGGCGAAGGCGGCGAGCACCACGGAAAGGAUGAGAAGAAGAAGAAGAAAAAGAAGGAGAAGAAGCACGACGGCCACGGCGAUGAGAGCAGCAGCAGCAGCGACAGCGAUUAGAUCCGCCUCCGCUCGCCGUUGACGCCGGUUUAUUUGCUUUUUCUGUUCACGGACCGGCGUUUACGGAUAAAUAAAUACAGUAUGUACUGUAUGUAACACUGUGGGCUUGUUUUGUACGCAAUUAUGUAACAGUUGUGGCCUUGUUGGCUUGCGGGCAAUGGGCAUGUGUGGAUUUGUAUGUCUUUAUUAACUUGACCUCAAUAAUAAACAGGCGAAGUUAAUUGAAAUUUAUUUAUGCCUCUAUGGUUAACCAAAUAAAACCUGAAAUAAGAGAAUUAAUAUGUG